UAGAAGGUAGUGCAGUGGCACGAGCUCACACAAGUUCUAGACAUCGAUGUAGAGACAGAUUUGCUUUACAGACGUAGAUAGAAGAGGCCGGAACAACAACAACGAAGCAUCCUGCUGUCGAUAUCGUAUACUGCUGAUAACAGAAAUGUGUUCUAUUAGUUUCUUCAGAUUUAUUGGUGAAGUAAAAGUAUCUUACACUGAUAAGUACAGUUCGAAAAACAAAUGUUGAGCUUCGGAGAUGAGUGAGAAAAUUGUUUUAAAAUAUUGCUUGUCUGUGAGUUAAAGAAAUAUGGGUAUGUAGACUGUGUAGUAUAAGUAAUGUUUCAUUCGUACUCAAUAUAAUAUAAUAUAUCUGUUUGGAGUGUUUGAAUUUAAUCGAACAUAAUAUUUACUGAUUAACUUGGAGAUAAAAAAUUCCUCGCUUCUCGUGCAUACCGAUCUCAAAGUGUACAUCUACAAUCUGAUAUGGUGCAAAUAAACAUAAAGGAUGUUGCGUGAUGUCUUUAAUAAGAAACCAACUGGAUACGAAUCAGAUUCUAAGUUCAUCACUCUGACUUGAAAGUGCCAAAUAUCUUGAUAUAAAAUUUCCAGAUCACGUUGCAAGGUUUUAAUACUUUAAAUCUUCGUGAUUGGUUCUGAUAGUAUGAUAUCUGGAUUUUUAUUUUGUAAACUAUACGUGAAGUUCCAUGAAUUACCUGGACUUUGGUGCAAACAUUUGAAUAAGACAUACAGUAUAAUAUACUAACUGAUAAACAUUUAAAAGAUUAGUGCAGAAAUUUAUUUGACGCAGGUGAAACUUCGUAUUCUGAGCCACAUAUUCACGUGUAGACAUGUGACAUCGAGUGUCGUAUUUGUAGAACUACGUCGUUCCAAAACUAACAAAUUCAUCUUCAUUCCUGAGAGAGAGGGAGAGAGAAUCUUUGCACUCGGUCACAAAUGGACAGACAUCCUAUGGUAGCAGUGAAUGAGUUGGAGAUGCAGGAUCCCACCUAUUGGGAUGAUAUACGCUAUAAUAGGAAACUCCAUUACCAGCGUAGUCAGGGGUAUCAGGCAGGGAGACCACAAGAAGAAAGACGACCUUCGUCCCACAUUUCCGAGGGAGCUCAUAUUGAGACCAUCUUACAGGACCACCAUUAUCCUUGCCAUGGUUUUCCACUACAUCAAACGGAAUUUGUCUUCAGCAGACAAGUGGACCACACGGGAGACUUUUCUCUACUCAGCGCUUUCUUCACUCUUGUGUGUAUUUUCUCAUACACCAUUGACAUCGGCACGGACAUUGCAGUGUGUUAUUUCUUACAUCUGGAGGGUAACUCGUGGUGGUUUGGACUGACUUUAGCAGUCACCGUCAUUCCAGCUCUCACGGUCAAUGCCUUCAGUCUCCGUUGGUACAUGCAUGACCAAGAGGAGCGUAAGACCCAUUCAUCAAAUGUCCAAAGGCCAAAAAUGUCCAAACUAGACUGGACAGUACGUGUCUUUUUUCACGUGCUUCUAUUAGGUCCUGUCAUCAGAUAUAUCGACCUUAUAAUCUUCGGACUUCGAAGCAGAAGAGAGCGUCGACAAAAGCAGCGAAGAGCGAGAGAGUGGAAUCUGACGUUUCGAAGAACACCAGAAGCAACAAUGGACGACAACGUCGACUACUACCAACUGACGAUUCAGGAAGAUAGAGAUACUUCUCUCCUGUCUCUGUUUGAAAGCUUUAUGGAGUCUGCACCUCAGUUAGUUCUGCAAAUCUACAUUCUAGCUGAAAGAGGGGUUGUUCCUAACGACCAUUGGACAGUUGGCAUCCAGUUGGCAUCUGUAGCAUCGUCUUUAUUUGAGUUGUCGUGGUCAUUAGCAUCGUAUCAUAGGGCCUUACGACGAUCGGUGGAGGACAAGCGGAACAUGACCUGGGUCGGUACGAGUAUUCAAUUUCUGUGGCGUUACUGUACCACAGCAGCCAGGGUCCUAUCUUUGGCACUAUUUGCUUCCGAAUACGGGUACUGGAUGUUCCCAGUGUGCAUCGGGCACUGGGGCAUCAUGACGGUGUGGGUGAUGCACCAACAAACCAGCUUCUGUGAUUCGGAGACUGGUGAGAAACGCCAGUGUGAAGAAUACCUGUUUAAUAUGGUGAUUGGAGCGGUCUACCUGUUUUGUUUCUUGAACGUGAAAGACGAACCCACUCGCGUCAAGUACCUGGCCUAUUACAUCAUUGUAUUCAUAGAGAACUUGUCGAUGAUUGUCUUAUGGUACGUUCGAACUGACCCAAGUGUGUGGUACCACUUGCCUGCCCUAAUCGGUGUCUUCGGCAGUUUUGCACUGGGUAUCAUUUUCAUGCAGCUCUACUACCGUUUCUGCCAUCCUGAAACCAACAUUCCAUGUAGCGAUCGUCCUGCGAGUUGCUGCUAAGUGUUGGUUACUAUAGCUACGACGUUGUUUCUGGUAACCAUUAAUCAACGUGAUACAAUCUCUAACAGCUAUCUCCCGGUCGUUGAUCUCGACAGCUACUUAGCGGCUUAAAUGGUUUACGUUACACAACUCCUUAGGUGUGUGAAUCAUUUUAUUGCAGUCGGGUCUUGGAAUCUGAUGCGACAUAAUUACAGCCAUCACUCAGUUAAUUUUUGUGUCUUGUUUGUUGUGACACAGUUUUCUUUUAAGGUUGUAGUUCACUUUUAUGUGACAAGUUCUUAUAUCCUUGAAUAGGAUGCUAGAUGUUGCAUUGUUUACCACGUGACUUAGUCGUGGUUAUGUCAGACAAAUUUUGUGAUAGCUAUGACCUAAUUGCUGGAUAUGAUACAGUUUUUGUAGCUGUCAUUAGAAUAUUUUUGUGACAUAAUCUUUUCCAAGAACGAAUCAGCUACUGUGUAUGAUACAGUUUUGAUACAGCUGAAAAUAAUGUAGGAGACAACCUUAGAUACAGCUAAGAAUCAGCUACUAAAUACGACACAGUCUAGCCACGUGCGUUAAUGUACAUCUAACUGUUAAAGAAUUAGUAAUAUGAUUUGGUAAUUCUGUUCAAGACAAACGUUCAUUGUCCUUUACACGGGCAUUGGAUAUAGAAAUUUCGUUGUUUUGAAUCAACUUAACCCUUUUCUGUAAAUCUGAAAAACACCGUUUAACGAAAUGAAUUUAUAUGUAAAUGCAUAAUCAACUAAUAACAAGCUACAUUUCAAGAAGUUAACUAGUUUCAUUAAAUUUGUAGGAAUAGGAAGCUAAUAAACUUCAAAUGGAAACCAGUGAAAGUUCGAGAUGCUUUCGUAUUUAACAAGGUAGCUCCUCAACAAACGGAGAACGCUGUAAGGCACAUUUCUUAAUUUUGAUACACCCAACGUUUCAGACUUGUGUCCUGAUGCCUUACACUCACCAACUUCAUCUAGCUUAUUAAUCGAAGGGGAUGGUUGACAUGUGUCACCAACUUCGUCUAGCUUAUUAAUCGAAGAGGAUGCUUGACAUGUGUCACCAACUUCGUCUAACCUAUUAAUCGAAGAGAAUGCUUGAAAUGUGUCACCAACUUCGUCUAGCUUAUUAAUCGAAGAGGAUGCUUGACAUGUGUCACCAACUUCGUCUAACCUAUUAAUCGAAGAGAAUGCUUGACAUGUGUCACCAACUUCGUCUAACCUAUUAAUCGAAGAGAAUGCUUGACAUGUGUCACCAACUUCGUCUAGCUUAUUAAUCGAAGAGAAUGCUUGACAUGUGUCACCAACUUCGUCUAACCUAUUAAUCGAAGAGAAUGCUUGACAUGUGUCACCAACUUCGUCUAGCUUAUUAAUCAAAGAGAAUGCUUGACAUGUGUCACCAACUUCGUCUAACCUAUUAAUCGAAGAGAAUGCUUGACAUGUGUCACCAACUUCGUCUAGCUUAUUAAUCAAAGAGGCUGCUUGACAUGUGUCACCAACUUCGUCUAGCUUAUUAAUCAAAGAGGCUGCUUGACAUGUGUCACCAACUUCGUCUAGCUUAUUAAUCAAAGAGAAUGCUUGACAUGUGUCACCCCUAUAACAUGUACAUAGAAUUCAACACAACAGAUUUGAAGAUCUGCUUCCAUAUUUUGUCCAUGGUUCCUCCCCCCCGGUGAGUCAGUAGUAUGUUUACGGACUUAGAACAUCACGGUGGACAGAACAAGGAUAGUCCACUGUGAAGAUUUGUGCUAAAACAACAACAAUAACUUUCGUCCAUUUGGUGUGAUAACUCUGAAGUAAAUAAAGUUUCGCUAGCCCAGUUGUUCUUAUUUGUUACUGUAACUGUAAUUGCAAGGAGGUUUAAGCAAAUAUAAUUUUCUCAUACUUUCCACAGAGAAGGUGAAAAUUAAAGAACAUAUUUAAAAAAAAAUGAAUGUUAAACACGUAAGAGAAAAUUAUAUUCAGAUAUUGUUUUUAAAAAUAUCAAGAACAGGGGCAUUUGAAGAGAGAAGUGUGUGUUUUUAAGACGGUAUGGGUCAAAAUGAGGUUUCUUUUCAAGAAAGAAAUUACCUUACCUUAUCCAAGCAUGUAUAACUACUGAACAGAACAAACUUUGAAAUAUAAAAGUAUUUAGUGCAACUUCAUAACUUGAACGUGUCCGCAAACAUAAGAUUAUUCUUGUAUACUGCCUAUUAAUUUCUAGUUAAUUCGAAGGCAGUGGUCAAGGUUGUUGUUUGCUGUUUGUUAAUGGUGUAUAUCAGAUGCCAACAAGAGCAAAGUGGAUGCCAAACAUUUCUGUUGACAAUGAUGAGAUGGCGUACACUUAACUCUUAAGAGACCCAGUUAACGAUGGCUCCACUUAAACUGUAGAAACUAUGCUGAUUAUUCUCGAAGCACGUAUAUUAUAGUCUGAAACUAUACAGGUACAACUUGAUGGUACUGUGCAGCAAUACAGGGUUGUAUAUAAUUUUCCACCAAAGGACUUCACACUGAGUAUGGUAAACUUCAAGCUCCUGAGCAAAACUACUCAUAAGCGACUGAGUAUAACUGUUCAGUUUUUACCCGUCUGAACAGGUCUGAAAAAAACAAAGGUUGUCUAAAAAAACCUCCCUUGAACAGAGUUGAUACUUUUUACAUUUUGUACAUAUUCAAAGUUCUUUAAAUACGUGUCGAAUAGUCAAUAUUAUUACGUGUAUAUGUGUGUGUAAUAAAGUUCUGCCCUUCUAGUACAGUGUGUCAAAAUGUGUUAUAAAUGGCUGUGAUAUGAUCUUGUAAAAGUUUUGUAUUCC